UUCUCACAAGAUAGGCCCAAGUUUGAAAUUUGAGUGUCUCUGGACGAUAGUAAAAAAAUAUACUAUGAAACAGAUGAGUUUUGUAAUUUUUUCAGCAUUGCAUGGUACCUGCCUUUAAAUCAUAUACACAAUAGCUUUAAGAAACUGGUAUUUAAAAAACGAAACGAACAAAUAAUAUCAAUUUUCAAGCCAAAUACGCUGUCGCCGUAAAGGGUUACAUGAUUUAACACACGACUGCUUUAUCAUUUUGUCACAAAAUGAACACAUCUUUAGUAUUUUUUGUUUGAGGACAUAUUGAAGUUUGUCAUCUAAAAUAAAGUCUGAGAGAAACACUUUGCAUUCUUCUUUAUUAAACAAAUCUGUCUUGUCUCCAAAUCCAAUGUAAUCUACGUUACUUAGUUUGCGCAGAAAAAUACACCAGCAAUAAACAUAUUAUAAGUUGUUUAAACAGACGAAAUAACUAAAAAAACAUAAUACAAAAGAUAUGUGAUAUAAUAAUGAACUCAAUUCAUAAAAUUUGUUUACACCAAAAACACAAACUUUAUAUUUGUAAAGUAAAGUUAACACUGUAAUCUACGUUACUGCUAUUACUCAAAUACUGUGGCAUCGAGAGCUCUUUUUUGACCAUCAAUAAUAAGAUAAGACUUGUACAACAUCUAAUAUUUAUUUAAUUUAUAAAAGUUUAUUGUUGGUAAAAAUUUUCAUGCUCAUGAUAAUCAGGGUGUAAUUUACGUGAUGUAAUCAACUUUACCACUGUUCUUCAAUUUCGGCAAAUAAUUUGAUUUUUAUGUGUGAAAUAAGGUUAAACUGUUUUUAGGUUCCGUAUAAUAAACUUCUGGAUCAAUAUACACAUAGUUGUUUCCCUUUGUUUUAAGUUUGCCACUUAGUUUCGUCAUUUUCGUCUGCAAUUUCGGUACAGAAAAACUAUAUCACUUAAAGUUCCUGCUAUCUUCAGGAAAACGAAUCAAGGUAAGGAAUAAAAUAUUUUUUAAUUACAGUUUUUAAAUAAUUAAAUUAUACAUCUUAAAUGUCGAAAAAAUUGAUGUAAUACCCUAAUCAAUUCAAACAUAUGUCGCGAAUAUUUGUGACAUAGCCCACUAAGUUUAUAUCAUUUCUAUCUUUUAUUAGUCUCCAAUUUUGCUUACCAAAAGAUUUUGUCAACAAAUUUUUAUUACAACAUAUCUACAAAGAUACUUUUAUGUUAUCAGCAUAAUACCAGAUCAUCUAAAAUUUGAUAAAGGUGUUACAAGUGUAAUUCAAAUGUUGGUAACGUAGAUUACUGAAAAAUCAACUUGUGUUAUCUGCAACACAAAUAAGUAGUUUUUCUCCAAAUAAUUUAACAUGUUCCUAUAUUGUGGAUCAUUAUAUAGUAGUUUUAUGUGAUAAAAAUGUUUGUUUCUAAAAGAAAUAGUAUAAUUUAGGUAUAAUUAAAUCAUUUCUAAAAAUGGUAACGUUGAUUACAAAAUAGGUAACGUAGAUUACUUUUUCUUUGUUUCAGCAGGUAUGGGUAAAUCCCGAGCUGAAAUACAGCGAGCCUAUCGUGAGAGGAAAAAGGCAUCUGAAGGAGAAAAAUACUUUGAAAAAGAAAGAAAAAGAACAAGGUCUUACUAUGUACCAACAGUCAAAAGAUCCAAAAAGGAUCUAGCAACAAGAAGAGAAAAGGUGAGAAAAAAUGUCCAGAAAUAUAGACAAAGAAUGAAGGAGCUUGAAACUCAAGAACAAAUAAAUCAGUCAGCCUGUAUGCAAGAAGACGAUAAAUUGAUUGUUGAUGAUGAAAAUGGCGUCAGCUGGAGCACACCAAACCCGAAAAUAGUUGUUAAGCUUCCAUUUUUCGAUCCAAGACAAAGAACAAGAAGAAGAAUAAGUAGAGUAGUUUCCAAACAGAAUCGAGAGAUCGAAAAAUUGAAAUUUCAAAAUGAAAGCCUUCAGAAAAGGUACAAAACUGUUUCAAAGAGGUAUCAGCGUCUUAAGAAAAAGACAGAUGACCAACCAACACCUUCUUCCUGUAAUAGUAGUGUUAACGAAAAUGAGAUGAUGCCAAUAUCACCAAGACAAAGUACACCAAGAAAGAGAGUAGCAGAAGAGUUAAGAGAGGCUGGUGUUACCCCAAGGAAAGUACCACGGAAAGUGCGUAAGAUGUUACUGCUGGGAAGUGCUUUAGCUGAAGAGGUCAGUGGUGCUAGAAAAGAUAAUGGCAAAAAGGGUCGAAAAGUGAUUGCAAACAUAUUAUCUGGUAAGAUAAUAAAAAAGUAUAAACUAAAAUCACUUCUAAACAAGAACACAGGUAUCAACCGGAAAACAAAUUUCAAUGGGUCAAAGAAAUGUGACAAAGUUCCUCGUCAAGUCAAACAACCAAUUGUAAGAGAGCAAAUCGCAAACAGAGUGGUCGAAUUCCUUAAACGAGAUGACAACAGUAGACUACUGCCUGGUAAAAAUGACAAGGUAAAGAUAGAAAAGGAGUACUUACAGAAACGUGUCUUGAAUGACAAUUUGACAUUUUUGCACAUGAAAUACAUGUCAGAGACAGAAGAGAAAAUAUCAUUCAGUACUUUCUGUCGCAUGCGGCCAAAGUCAAUUUCACUUACAAGGUAUAUUACGCGUAAUCAAUGCCUUUGUCAAAGACACCAAAACAUGGCCCUAACACUGAAAGCUGUCCGAACAAGUUGUGCUAAUGUCCCAUUGAAUCCGGAUGAAUUUAUUCGAAAGGUAGAUGAGAACACUGAUUUUCUAAAACAUACUUGUCAAGAGUUUCCGGAUACCAUACAGCAUAACCAAUGGAAAAAAGUAACAUUGGAUGAUGGGAAAAAACGAACAAAAAUUGUAAUGUCUGAAGUUGACAAAGAGACAUUCCAGAAAACAUUGCAUGAACAGGUUGCUGAAUUUAGACAUCACAUUCUUUUAGUAAAGCAACAAUACAAAGCUAUUGGUGACUUAAAGAAAAAUCUCCCUGAUGGCCACGUACUUGCACAUAUGGACUUUGCCGAGAAUUUCUCUUGCACAGCUGCCGACGAGGUCCAGAGUGCGUACUGGAACCAGAAUUCUAUUACGCUUCAUCCAGUUGUGGUGUAUUUUAGAGACAACGGGGAGCUUAAACACAUAAACUACGUAUUUGUAACUGAUGAUAUUGGCCAUAAUAUUGGCUCAGUGUAUACUUUUAUCAAAAAACUUAUUCUGGACUUGAAGCAAACUCUCAAAUGCAACCUACGUAAGGUUUACUACUGGACAGAUGGACCCAGCUCACAGUAUAAGAACAAAACAGCUUUCUUUAUAACCAGUAACCAUGAUGAGCUGCUUGGACCCAAAGCGGACUGGAAUUAUUUUGAAUCCGGUCAUGGAAAGGGCGCCUGUGACGGCAUAGGUGGAACUGCAAAGCGAAUGGCUGACCAAAGCAUACGACAGGGUAAAGUGUCCAUUCAAGAUGCAACAGACUUCUAUAAAUGGGCCAAAGAAGGUCACAAGACAGCAAAAUACAUAUUAGUAAAACCAGACGAAUGUAACAAGAGCAGAGAAGAAUUGGAAGUGAUCAAUAAAAUACUUUGUCCAGUUAAAGGUACUAUGAAAAUACAUCAUGUCAAAGGAGUUUCAAAGGGAGUCGUACACACCCAAACAACAUCAUGUUAUUGUGUAGAUUGUAUAAAUGGAUCACUCCACGUUGAGUAUGAGGAAAAUCUACUACUGAGGGAAAAAAGAAAACCUGAAAAGGAAUCAGAACAUGAAAAGUGUGAAGAAGAAAAUAUUGAUUCACGUGAUAAACCAUCCUUAAAGAUAAACUUGGAAUUAGAUUCUGGGAGAUGGGUUGCAGUGAUAUAUGAUCAUGAGUGGCACAUUGGGCAGAUUAAGGAAGUUGACAACGCUGAUGAUGAUUGCCUCGUUUCAUUCAUGCAACGACUGAAAUGUAGAGGGGUGAAAUUACCAACCUUCAAAUGGCCGAACAAUGCUGAUGAGAUAUGGGUCAAGUUUGAAGAUGUUCUACUUUGCAUAGAAGAACCAUCUAAAGUCGGUCGUAGUGGGCGCUCAUUUACCAUACAAGAGGAGGAGAUUAGUAUGAUUGAAUUAAAGAUAUCUUCUUUAAAGAACUGAUUCAAUAGCUUUGUUUGCACCAAAGUCAUUGUUGUUUGACUUUAAAUAAAUCUCAUUUUGAAGAAUAAAAUGAUGUUUUAGAUCAGACAUUUAUAUUUCAUUUUAGAGUCGAAUGAUUUUCUAGAGCAUUAAAUAAGACAUUAACAUUUUAUUUUUGGACACAUUAUUCAUCCUCAAUAUGAGGUAAUCUACGUUACCAUUACUAGUUAAUUCUUGUUCUUUGUUCAUUUGUUUUAUUUGAUGUUAAAGUAAAAGUUUUAAAACCUGGUCAUAGACUUUGUUACAUUUUGUAUAUAUGAUAUAAAACAUACUGUUUAAAUGUCUUUUACAAAGUAUUUUGUGGCCUUCAGCUAUAAGUUUCUUAUAGAAAUGUAUAAAUGAGUAUGUUUGAGUAUAAACCUUUCGUUAUAUUGUCUCAGUCGACGAACACAUUAUUUAUCGUUACAUACAAGUUCAUUUAAAGGCAGAAAAUAAAACUUGGCUUUCAUUUUAACUUCAACUUCUAACUUUUAAUGUUGCCAAGUUAAAGGUGCAUACUUUGUAAUCUACGUUACAAUUUCCUAGUUGUAUUUGUAUUGUUUAAUGCUACAUACAAAAUAUAUUUUGAAAUCAACAAUUGUUUUAAUCUUGAUAUUUGAUGCUCAUAUUUCAUAUUAAGAUCAGCAAAAUAACCACAACAAUGAGUUUGUUUAUGGAACUUUUAUUACUGAUGAAUAUGUUUUCCGGAAGUUCUCAACCUAAUUUAAAGGACAAAGUUGAAGCUAAGUGUACAGUAUUAUAAAGACCAGUGCAUGAAAUAUGUUAUGUUACCGUGAAAAAUUAUUUAUCAAAGUGACUAAUCGUAUCAAGUGCGUAAAUAGUAUAUAUCAAAAUAACUUUAAUAUAAUCAUUGAUUUAUUUUAAGUAAAGGUAACGUAAAUUACGCUUUGCAAAAGUAUUCAAUUUGCUUCAGAGACUGCGCUCUCGAUAAUAAUCGUGUUUGAGUGCUGUAACUUUGCCAGUAUGCCAAAUACAUAUUUGUUUAACUUCUUAUGUCAUAAAACAUUAGUACAAAACAAGUUCAAUUUCUAACAUUUGGUCUAUGUAAGAUGGGCCUAUCUUGUGAG